GCUCGCGAGACGCCAGCUAGUCUUUAGUGUCGCGUAGGGACGCUCGAGCCGGUCAGCUCAGGACUUUCCGUCGAGCUCGGGAAACGAAGCUUCUCGACCCACUUCGACCUCUCGACCGAAGAGUCCCCGGGAGUCGAACCACCUCCCGUAGCUCGUUACCCAGGAUUACUCGCAGCGCGUCAGCCUACUGUCCACUAGGCUGUCUCGUUCGACCGAUUCCGCCGAGACGACUCUUCGGGCGACUCCGAGCCGCCAUUAAAGGACAAAUACGAAAAUGCCUGCCAGAUUCGAAAGCAUCAACGAUCCAGUGAUGUGCGAGCCGGUCGUCAGCAACGGGGUGUCACACGGUCUGGACGACGACAUCGUCAUCAGCGGUUUCUCAGGUCGCCUGCCCGAGUCGUCAAAUAUCGAGGAGUUCAAGCAACAGCUCUUCGAUGGCGUCGACCUGGUUACCGACGACGAGCGUCGAUGGCCGUCCGGCCUGCACGGCUUGCCGACCAGGACGGGCAAAGUCAAGGACAUCUCCUCCUUCGACGCCACCUUCUUCGGGGUGCACGCGAAACAAGCACACGUUAUGGACCCGCAACUCAGACAGCUCCUAGAGCUGACCCACGAAGCCAUCUCCGACGCCGGCGUCAACCCGACCGACGUCCGGGGCUCGAGGACCGGCGUUUUCAUCGGCGUCUCCGACUCGGAGUCCAGCGAAUUCUGGACGGCCGAUCCCGACAAAGUCACCGGGUAUGGUCUGACGGGAUGCUGCCGCGCCAUGUUCCCGAACAGGAUUUCCUACACAUUCGAUUUUAACGGGCCCAGCUUCGCAGUGGACACCGCUUGUUCGUCCUCCAUGGUGGCGUUACACCAGGCGAUCACCGCCAUGAAGACGGGCCAGUGCGACGCGGCCAUCGUCGGGGGUGCCAGUCUUCUUCUGAAGCCCACCAACUCGCUCCAGUUCCACAGACUGAGCAUGUUGUCCCCGGAUGGCAUGUGCAAGGCCUUCGAUGCCUCGGGUAACGGCUACGUCAGGUCGGAAGCGUUCGUGGUAAUUUAUCUGCAAAAGGCUCGGGACGCUAAGCGAGUCUACGCCACGGUGGUCAACUCCAGGGUCAACACCGACGGCCACAAGGUCCAGGGCAUCACGUUUCCGAGUGGCAGCAUGCAGAACCGAUUGAUGCGCGAAUUGUACGCCGAGACGGGCGUCAACCCGGCGGACGUGGUCUACGUCGAGGCACACGGCACCGGCACCAAGGUCGGCGACCCCGAGGAGGUCAACUCCAUCGCGGAAUUAUUCUGCAAAGACAGGAAGUCGCCGUUGCUCGUCGGCUCGGUUAAGUCCAACAUGGGGCACUCGGAGGCGGCCAGCGGCCUCUGCUCCAUCGCCAAGAUGCUCAUAGCCAUGGAGCAGGGAGCCAUUCCUGGCAACUUACACUUCGAGACCCCGAACAAGGAUAUACCCGCGUUAAGCGACGGCAGGAUUCAGGUGGUCGACAAGAAUACACCCUGGAAGGGCGGACUGGGGGCCGUCAACUCGUUCGGGUUUGGUGGGGCCAAUGCCCACUUGCUGUUGCGAAGCAAUCCGAAACCAAAGUUGUCGCCGGUCUUGGACGCCACCUUGCCGAAAAUCGUGGCCGUGUCCGGUCGGACGGAGGAGGCCGUCGGCUUCUUCCUGGACAAGGUCAGGGAACACGAAAGGGACGACGAGUUCAUCGCGCUGGUCCACGACCUUCACGCGAACAAUAUCCCUGGCCAUCGUUUCCGUGGCUACCAGAUUUUGGGGAAAGAGUGUACCCGAGAAAUCGGCGAAUGCGGAGCCGAAAAGCGACCCAUUUGGUUCAUCUUCUCCGGGAUGGGAUCGCAGUGGGCCGGGAUGGGACGAGACCUCUUCCGCCUGGAGACGUUCCAGCGCAGCAUCCGUCGCUGCGCCGAGGCCCUGAAACCUGUGGGCAUCGACUUGAUAAGUCUCAUCAACGACAGCGAGGAGGAGACCUUCCACAACGUCUUGAACUCGUUCGUCUCCAUCGCGGCGAUUCAGGUGGCGUUGGUGGACGUCCUGACGUUGCUCGGCAUCCAGCCGGAUUUCAUAACCGGUCACUCAGUCGGAGAAUUAGGAUGUGCGUACGCCGAUGGUACCUUCACACCGGAGCAGACCGUCCUAGCCGCGUAUUCCAGAGGAAAAUCGAUUCUCGACUCGAAUCUACCACCUGGUGGAAUGGCGGCGGUGGGCUUGAGUUGGGAGGAGACCAAGAAGAAGUGCCCACCGGACGUCUCGCCGGCUUGCCACAAUGCGGCCGACUCCGUCACAGUCUCCGGGCCCCUGGAGUCGGUCAAGAAAUUCGUGGAAGAGCUGAAGAAGGAGAACAUAUUCGCCAGGGUGGUCAACAGCUCCGGGGUGGCCUUCCACAGCACGUACAUAUCCUCAGCCGGGCCUAAGCUGCGCGCCGUCCUGGAAAAGAUCAUCCCCAACCCCAAACCUCGCAGUCCAAGGUGGAUCUCCACCUCCAUCCCAGAAGCUGCCUGGGGAACGUCGCUGGCGCAGCUCAGCUCCCCUGCUUACCACGUCAACAACCUGUUGUCCCCGGUUCUCUUCCAGGAAGCUCUGGACCAUGUUCCCGACAAUGCCAUCCUCAUCGAAAUAGCUCCACAUUGUCUGCUCCAGGCGAUCCUGCGCAGGUCCUUGGCGCCAACCGUGACCAACGUGGGGCUGCACAUGAGAGGCCACUCGGACAACCUCGACUUCCUUCUCAACAGCAUCGGAAAGAUCUACAACGCGGGGGCUCAACCGAAGCUGGCCAAGCUGUACCCACCGGUAAAUUACCCGGUGGGUCGAGGAACGCCCAUGAUCAACUCCAUCAUCAAAUGGGACCAUUCCUUGCCGUGGGACGUGGCCAAGUUCGGCGGAAAGAGCGCCCAUUCCGGAGAGAGCGUCAUCGACGUGGACCUCUCCAAGGACGAGUUCGCCUAUUUGGCUGGUCACACGAUAGACGGCAGGAUACUCUUCCCUGCGACUGGAUAUCUCACCCUGGUUUGGAAAACUUUCGCAAAAUUGCGAGGGGUCGAUUUCGAGCAGCUGCCGGUGGUCCUCGAGGGCGUGCAAUUCCACCGCGCGACGAUCAUGCCCAAGGAGGGCUCCGUCAAGUUCCUUAUCAACAUUUUCGAUGGCACCGGGGAUUUCGAGAUCUGCGAGGGUGGGUCCGUCGCCGUCACCGGGAAGAUCCGGGCUUCUGAAAAUAUAGAGAAGGACCAGAUCGACUUGCAGGCUCCGGUUAUCUCGAAGGAACCUGGACUCCUUAGGCUGAACACCAGCGACGUGUACAAGGACCUUCGUCUGAGAGGGUACGAUUACAGCAACAUCUUCCAGGGGAUCAAGUCGGCGGACAACAGAGGCAUCUCGGGAGUACUUACCUGGUCCUCGGAUUGGAUCGCGUUCAUUGACACCAUGCUCCAGUUCUCCAUCCUGAGCCAAAGCACCAGGGACCUUUAUUUGCCUACCCGUCUGCAGUACGUUGCCAUCAAUCCGGCGUUGCACAAGCAACUCGUCGCCGAGGUGAAGGAAGAGGGUUUCCCCGUUCACAACUAUAAAGACGUGAAUAUCGUUAAAUCGGGCGGAGUCGAGCUGAGGGGGUUAAAGGCCUCUCUGGCGCCGAGGAGACAGCAAACUCAGGCUGCUCCGAAACACGAGAGAUACGUCUUCGUGCCCUACGACAACUCCAGUUCCCUGGUCGAGGACCCUGACAAGGCCAAGCUGCAUGCUUUAACCGUCUUGCUGCACGUCGCCAAGGAGAACCUUGGAGGACUGAAGAUCAAGGCCGUCGAAGUAGCCGAUGAACGGACCGAAUCUCUUCUCGCUCCCAUCGUCUUGGACAUUCUUCUCUCCGAGCCGAUGAUCGCCGUUGACCUGCAAAUUGCUGCGAUUUCUCCCGAGAACUACGCCUCGGCUUGCGACCAGUUGGGUGUGAAAGCUGUGGCGCGAAAUGUACGCACGGCACCAGUUGGACAGGAGUUGCACCUUGCGUUGGCAGCGGACGUGUUGAUGAACGAGUCGGCGGAGGUCCUAAAAAAUCUGGCCGCCUCUGUGAAGAAUGGCGGAUUCCUGGUCCUUGAAGAGACCUGCUACUCCGAUCGUCAGCAGAAAUCGCUAAGAGAAACGGGACUCACUUUCGUGGGGAAGCAGGCGGCGCUUGGCAAGACUUACGUUUUACUUAAAAAAUUAGAGGAGAGGACCGAGCCGAUCAUCAUUCAGAUCACCGAGAAGAACUUUUCGUGGCUUGAGGGCCUGAAGGCUGCCUUGAAGAAGUCCGAGGCCGAUGGGCAAGAGAUCCUCUUGGUCAGCCAGGGAGAAGAGAUUCUCGGUCUGGUUGGUCUCAUGACAUGCGUCCGGCAGGAGGCUGGCGGGUCAAACGCUCGCUACGUCUUCAUCCAAGACAAGAAUGCCCCGAAAUUCUCGGUGAAGACGCGCUUCUACGCGGAACAAUUGGACAAGCAGCUUAUCGCCAAUGUUCUGAAAGGCGGACAGUGGGGAAGCUACCGCCACUUGCGUCUGGACCAGCAAGGCGAUGCGUCGUCUCUUCAGGUUGAGCACGCUUAUAUCAACGCUCUGGUUAGAGGUGAUCUCAGUAGCCUAAGAUGGAUCGAGGGUCCUCUGAGUUACUAUCAGCCAGAAAAAUUCCCCGGAACCGAGCUCUGCAGUGUCUACUAUACGCCAUUGAACUUCAGAGACAUCAUGCUGGCUACCGGGAAGCUGCCUCCAGAUGCACUUCCAGGAGAUUUGGCUGGUCAGGAUUGCAUUUUGGGGCUGGAGUUCGCAGGUCGCGAUACCAAAGGAAAACGCGUCAUGGGAAUUUUGCCCGCUCGCGGACUUGCCACCACGGUUCUUUGCGACCCUGGUUUCACUUGGGAAGUUCCCGACAAGUGGAGCUUGGAGGAAGCAGCGACCAUCCCCGUAGUUUAUGCCACCAGUUACUACGCCCUGUGCGUACGAGGUCGCAUACAUCCUGGGGAAAGCAUCCUGGUGCACGCCGGAACCGGAGGUGUAGGUCAAGCCAGCAUAGCCAUCGCUCUCAGUCUUGGCUGCAAGGUCUUCACGACGGUGAGCUCGAAGGAGAAACGCGAUUUCCUGAAGAAGACCUUCCCGCAACUGACCGACAGGAACAUCGGCAACUCUCGCGACACCAGCUUCGAGCAGCUGGUCCUAACGGAGACUCGUGGACGAGGUGUCGACCUGGUGCUGAACUCCCUGGCCGAGGAGAAGCUGCAAGCCAGCAUAAGGUGUCUGGCCAAGGACGGUCGUUUCCUAGAAAUCGGCAAGUUCGAUCUGUCGAACAACACGGCCUUGGGAAUGGCCUUCUUCCUGAAGAACACCAGCUUCCACGGGAUCCUUCUGGACGCCCUCUUCGAGGCGGAUAGUCCCGAGAAAAGGGAAGUGUUCCAGCUGGUCGAAGAGGGAAUCAAGAGCGGAGCGGUCCGACCUCUUCCAGCUACGGUCUUCACGGAGCACCAGAUCGAGCAGGGAUUCAGAUACAUGGCCACGGGGAGGCACAUCGGAAAGGUCGUCCUGAAGAUCCGAGAGGAGGAAGCGAAGAAGGUCGUGCAACCGACUCCGAAGACCGUUGCGGCGAUUCCGCGCACUUACAUGAACCCGGACAAGUCCUACGUCCUGGUCGGUGGCCUUGGCGGGUUCGGUCUGGAGCUUGCCAACUGGAUGGUCACCCGCGGGGCGAAAUACCUCAUCCUGACCUCUAGGUCUGGCAUCCGAACGGGAUAUCAGUCCCUGUGCGUGAGGAGAUGGCGAGAACUUGGGGUAAACGUCGCCAUAUCCACGGAGGACGUCACGACGCCUGCCGGUGCCGAGAAACUCAUCCAGGAGUGCAACAAGAUCGCGCCACUUGGAGGAAUCUUCAACCUCGCCGCGGUAUUACGCGAUGCUCUCAUCAGCGACCUCGAGGAGGCUCACUUCAAGGCCGUGGCGCUGCCCAAAAUCGACGGGACCAAGAACCUGGACGUGGCCUCGAGGAAGCUCUGCCCCGCUCUGGAUUACUUCGUCGUCUUCUCCUCGGUCUCUUGCGGCAGAGGAAACAUUGGCCAGACGAAUUACGGACUCGCAAACUCCGCCAUGGAGAGAAUCGUCGAACAGAGGCAAGCCAACGGACUGCCCGGCUUGGCGAUUCAAUGGGGCGCCAUUGGAGACGUUGGUCUCAUCUUAGAGACCAUGGGUGACAACGAUACCGAGGUGGGUGGUACCCUCCCGCAGCGGAUGGCGAGUUGUCUCGCGACGGUGGACACGUUCCUUCAACAACCUCAUCCAGUUUUGGCGUCGAUGGUCUUGGCCGACAAACAGAAAUCGGGCGAUGCGUUGAAUCAAGUAGGUCUGAUCGACGCCGUGGCAAACAUCCUCGGUAUCAAGGAUGCCAAGAGCGUUAACGCGAGCAACACCCUGGCGGACUUGGGGAUGGACUCGCUGAUGGGCACCGAGAUCAAGCAGACCCUCGAGAGGAACUACGACCUCGUUCUGUCGGCUCAGGAGAUUCGAAGCCUGACCUUCGGUAAGCUCCUGGAGUUCUCCGCAGGGUCCGGAGAAACGUCGGAACCGGCGACGACGCCCGUGGCUUCUCCGGCUGCGGAAAACGCACCGGACCAGCUGCUCUUCCAGUGCUCUGGGAACGAGAUCGUGCCCAAACAGUCGCUGGUCCAGCUGCAAACACAGGGAAAAACGGGCCCUCCGGUCUUCGUCAUCACCGCCAUCGAAGGGGUGGUUGGAUCGCUGAAGACGUUGGCCGUCGAGCUCGAUCGACCUGUCUGGGGCCUCCAGUGCGUCAAGGAUGCUCCGUUGGAGUCCAUCUCCGAGCUUUCCAAUUUCUACGUUAAACAGAUGAAGACGGUGCAGCCCAAGGGACCCUACACGCUGGUGGGGUACUCCUUCGGGGCCUGUGUGGCCUUUGAGAUGGCUCUUCAGCUCGAGGCUUCCGGCGAGAAGGUCCACAUGACUCUCCUGGAUGGUUCUCCGGAGUACAUCACCUCUCACAGCCAAUCCAUCGGGAGGAAAGUCAACCAGACGGAAUCCGCGGACGCCAUCUCCGAUGGGUACCGCAAGGCGUUGGCCUUCUUCGCCCGGCAACUCUCCUCCGACGUUACCUACCUCAAGGCAUACGCAGCGCUGACAUCCGCGGACUCGCAGGAGGAGACGCUCAACAAGAUGGUGGAAAUCAUCGGCAGCGUACCCUACGAUUCCGAGGACGUUAAAGCAGCUGGUUUCUUGUUCUUCAAGAAGCUGCAGGCAGCUAACAUGUACAAGCCAACUAGCAAGUUCCAAGGAUCCAUCACGCUGUUCAAAGCGAAGGACAACUUCGUCUCGGUUAACGAAGACUACGGCCUAUCAGAGAUCUGCUGCCAGAAGAUUCACGUGGAGGAGUUGGCUGGCAACCACAGGACCAUCUUGUCGGGGAGUAGCGUGAAGAAAAUUGCAGAUUUCCUUAGGGCAUAGAAUCUUGCGAGAAUCCGAUAAGUGUCAUGGCUGGCGUUAGAUGGAUUUUCGCGAUUCCAGGACGUUUCGAAGGCGCAUGGGGUUCCUCGUAUUUUUUAAUCUCGUACACCUCACCCACUAGGAGGCUCGUUAAAGAUUAACGGUUAACGGUCGGCACUAGUAUUAGCCUCUCUAACACGCGAGUGUUUCCUUUUGUACAAAUCUCUCUUCUCUUCUAGGACUCCCCUUACGCGUCACUCUUCAUUCCUCGCGCGUGUCGAACGCUCGACGUGGCUUCGUCGGCACGAUCUUCCGAGACUAAAUAAAUUAAGAUAUCACCGUUGUACGGUGAGUCGAUGCACCGGAGAGGACCCAUGCCGUCGAAGCCGGACUCGGGUUAAUUUUCGUUUGUAAGGCUGUUAGUAAUUUAAUGCAAGGCGAAAGGGCUGGUCGGUGUGAACGAUUCGCUGGGGGCCGCUCAGAAUGACGCGAUAUUCCGUUAAAUCCGGAUCCGCGUUCUCCUAGGUGGGUGGAGCUUCCGUAAAAAGUCUCGGUAAAUAGUUAAGUUCGGCUGGAUUCGGAGAACGACGCUUCCCACGGAGUAGUUCCAUCGCGCAAGGGGUUACAGCUUCCCGAAUUCUGGUCAAAGCGGUCAUUAAAGAGCAAAUCUUGCGCGUGUAUUCGCGGCGUUAAGUUUACGCAAAAGCCCAUCGGAAGUUCCCGCGGGACUUGGAGGCGGUCAGUGGACAGACCGUUAUCAAGUCCCGCCAGGACACGUAUUUAUUUUACUAGCGUAAUGUCAUAAAGUCGCUCGUGUGUGAUUUAACGGACGGCAUAAACGGUUUGCCUUCGACUUCGAUGAUCCAUGACGAUUUUAAUAGCGGAAGUCGGUGGAACCGUCGGCGGCCCUCGGGAGGAAUAUCCCGGGACGCUUUUACGGCGAUUCUCGUAGUAAUCUCUCGUAGUGGAUCGUUAAAGGGAAUUAUUUGAGAAUCUAUUUCUCAAUGCGAAUGGCGGAUACGUAACGCACGGAUGCGCAGCUUGUAAAGUAUACGCUUAAAGAUGUCGUUCUGUUUUUUUUUUUUUUUUAGAUACCUUCGAUUUCUCGUUUUGUCCGUUUGCCGUUGUGAAACGAACGAACGAACGCGCAAGAUUUCGGCGAGAGAUAGACAAAGAGCGGGGGAAAGACACACGCGUAUGUGUGUAUGUACGCAAUGCACGUAGUAAAUAAUGUAUAUUUAACAUCACCAUUAUAAGACUUUCGCGAAUGUCUGUCGCUGAGCGUAUAUGCAAUUCGGGAGCGCGUUACAGGUCGCUGGAGCGCACCUUUAUGUACGUUAAUUUAUAGUUACACGCUCGUUUAUGUGCACAACGCCACACAUCUUUGCUGCUCCGAAUGUGUAACACAUAAUUCAAUAAAUGAUCGAAUACAGACGAAA